AUAUGAUUCAUCAUGCACAGUAUCAAUUCCUCUAACAUUGAGAUCACCACCUUCUUCCUGAUUGGAAUCCCAGGACUGGAGCAUAUUCAUGCUUGGAUCUCUGUCCCCAUCUGCUUCAUGUACCUGGUGGCCAUCUUUGGCAACUGCACCAUCCUCUUUGUGAUCAGGACAGAGUCCUCACUCCAUGCACCCAUGUACUAUUUCCUUUCUGUGUUGGCUGUCUCUGACCUGGGCCUCUCCCUCUCAUCCCUCCCCACUAUGCUGAGGAUAUUUGUUUUCAAUGCUACAGGAAUUUCCCCAAAUGCCUGCUUUGCUCAAGAAUUCUUUAUCCACGGAUUUACAGAUAUGGAGUCCUCAAUGCUCCUGGCCAUGUCUUUUGACCGCUUUUUGGCCAUACGUCACCCUCUGAGAUAUAGCUCUAUCCUCACCAAUGCCAGAGUUGCCAAAAUGGGCGCCCCGGGCCUGGUGUUUCUAAUUAAAAGCAUGCUCUUAGUGCUCCCAUUCCCUUUCACUCUCAAAAAAUUGACAUAUUGUAGGAAAAGCCUACUUUCUCACUCUUAUUGUCUACACCAGGAUGUCAUGAAGCUGGCCUGCUCUGACAACACAGUCAACUUUUUCUAUGGUUUCUUUGUUGCCCUCUGUAUGAUGUCAGACAGUGUAUUCAUUCUUGUGUCCUACAUAUUCAUCCUGAAGACGGUGAUGGGAAUUGGAUCCCAUAAGGAGCGGCUCAAGGCUCUCAACACCUGUGUCUCCCACAUCUGUGCUGUGCUCAUCUUCUAUGUGCCCAUCAUUGCUUUGGCCUCCAUGCACCGCUUUGGCAAGCACAAGUCCCCAGUGGCCAUGAUCCUCAUUGCGGACAUUUUCUUACUAGUACCACCUCUGAUGAAUCCCAUUGUAUACUGUGUGAAGACGCGGCAAAUUCGUGAGAAGGUUUGGGGGAAAUUAUGUCUAAAAUAA